AUGGAGCCUGCGAACGAGAACGCGUACCCGAGCCUGCGUUUAAGCAACGGAAGACGCUUGCUGAGCAAGGCGGCGAGCCUAUUUCUCGAGGACGAUUACCUGCGCCAAAGGUCUCCAGUAGUAUCAAGACAACGGCGCCGCGCGCACUAG